UAAACUCUACAAGGCUGUGCCCCAGCAUGGCCGCAGUCCAAUGACAGAAAUAAGUAAAAGAUAAAUAAAUAAAUAAGCAAUUAAGUCCCAAGUUUAAUAAAAAAACACGAAGUGUUACGUUUCGGAAAUGUCGCGGCAUGUUCCGACGAAAAACGAAACGAAACGAAACGAAACGAAUGGUUCCAGCAGACAAUUGCUAUCCCAUGAUCCGUUGCGUGAGCGGCGAUUUAUGGCCGUGUGUUGAGUAAAACGUUUAGAUUAUGAAGAAGACUUGGGGAAUUAUGUAGGUUUUAUCGGCGAUUGCAGUUGGAUUUUGCGGUUAAUUGGUAGCGCAGAUGACUGCGAUGUCUAUAGGAGUGCGGCGGUGUGUCAGUGGUGGUGGUGUAUUGACCGGCUAAUUGUAAUUACGGUACCGUCACAUCGUCCCAUCUGUCAACAUAGACACACACAUUAUAUACAUCUACACAUAAAUAUAUACAGAUACAUAUACACACACAUUAUAUACAUUACACGGCGGUGCAUCAGCAUGGCCGCAGCUCCGAGCUGAAACUAUAAACAACAUAAUCUACAUAUAAAUAUAUACAGAUACAUAGCUGUAUAUAUAUAUAUAUAUAUAUAUGUAUACACAAAUACAUACAUCCACACACAUAGAGGCACACACAAACGCACUCUCAAACACAAAUAUACAAACGUAGUUAUACAUAUACAUACAUAGAUACGAUCACAAAUAUUGACAUCUCACAGAGACAACACGCAUACAUUAUACGUAUAUAUAUCCAUAUGAUAUUAUAUACACACAUACAAAACGAACAUAUAUAUACUACAACUAUAAGGUGACAGUUCUCGCCCAUCAAUCCAUCCAACCACACCCAUGGCUCUAGCUCGACCCCCGGGCAAAGAAUUUGACCACAACUGGCCGGAGAGUGCCGAAUGUUUAACCCUAGACUUCGGGCCCUUUGAGUCAGUCCAUUGCUGGAAACAGAUGCCAGAAUGCGCCGUGUUUGUCGGAGCAAGACGGAGCAAACACACUGUUGUGGCCUUCAAUGAAGCUAUUUAUGUCUUUGGUGGAGAUAACGGGAAAACCAUGCUGAAUGAUCUCCUCAGGUUCGAUGUAAAGGAUAAGUCUUGGGGAAGGGCCUUUACUACUGGAACACCUCCUCUCCAGCGCUAUCAUCACUCCACUGUUGUUUAUGACCAAAGCAUGUUUGUCUUCGGUGGUUAUACAGGGGACAUCCAUUCUAAUUCCAACUUGACCAACAAAAAUGACCUCUUUGAGUACAAAUUCACCACUGGACAAUGGCUCAAAUGGAAAUUCGAAGGACAGAUGCCAGUGGCCAGAGCCGCGCAUGGUGCCGCCGUCUAUGACCAGAAGCUCUGGAUCUUUGCUGGUUACGACGGUAAUGCCAGGCUAAAUGACAUGUGGACUAUUUCUCUAGAAGGGGACUGUAAGCAAUGGCUUCAGGUCAACCAAACUGGGAACAUCCCGCCAACCUGCUGUAACUUUGCCCUAGCUGUGGCCAGGGACUCAAUGUUUGUCUUCUCAGGACAAAGUGGAGCCAAAAUCACCAACAAUCUUUUCCAGUUUAGAUUUGAUCAGAACCAGUGGACGAUUAUCUCAACGGAACACAUCCUUCGGGGAGCACCCCCUCCACCAGAGAAGCGGUAUGGCCACACCAUGGUUGCUUAUGAUCGUCACCUUUAUGUCUUUGGUGGCGCCACUGGACAAACACUACCGAAUGACCUUCAUUGUUUUGAUUUGGAUUCCCAAACCUGGUCAGUGAUAGAACCUUCCAGAGAUAGUCAGGUACCGACUGGACGCUUGUUUCACGCUGCUGCCGUUGUUGCAGAUGCAAUGUAUAUAUUUGGUGGCACAGUGGACAAUAAUGUCCGCAGUGGAGAGAUAUACAGAUUCCAGUUCUCCAGUUACCCAAAGUGUACUCUUCAUGAAGAUUAUGAACGUCUGCUGGAAAGUCGUCAGUUCUGUGAUGUUUCCUUCAUCGUGGGAUCGGAAAAGGUAGAGAUUCCAGCUCAUAUAGCUUUGGUGGCCGCCCGUUCUCCCCUGUUGAAAAUAAAGAUUAAAAGGGCCCGGACCCAAUUGAUGCAGGAGAUAACAGCUGUUGAUGCUGCCAAAUACCAAACAGAUGACACCCAGGAUAAAAAGCAGAGUCAACCCUGGCGGAACUUGAACUUAAAAUGUCAAGAGCCAACAAGCAAUGAAGUAAUUCUGUUGAUGAUGGAUGUUUACCGGCUUUCUGUACAGUUCAACAUGACCAGACUGGAGCAACUAUGUAUCCACUACCUGGAAGCAUGUAUUGGGCAUAAGAAUGUUCUGGUAGCUUUACAGAAUUCUGCAGCAUUGAAACUGGACUUCAUCAAGGAAUAUUGUUUGAAGUUUAUUGUCAAAGAGAGCAACUACAGCCAGAUCAUAAUGAGCAAGGAAUUUGAGACCCUCGACCAACCCCUUAUGGUUGAGAUCAUUCGACGGAAACAACAACCCCAGUUCAGGACCCUACCUGACCCUCAAACUGACCCCAACAAUUCAAACACCCUAGAGAAAGACAUGGAGAACUUCCUCAAAGUGGUUGGCAUGGAAUUCUGUGAUAUAAUUCUGAUCCUGGAUGGAAUCUUAAUCCCAGCCCACAAGUCCAUAUUGGCAGCGAGGAGCAGCUACUUCGAGGCAAUGUUCCGCUCAUUUAUGCCCGAAGACAAUACCGUCAAGAUUGCUAUUGGAGAAAUGGUUCCCUCAUUGCAGGCUUUCCGCAGUCUGAUGCGUUACAUUUACUAUGGCGAUGUCACCAUGCCCCCAGAGGAUUCCCUCUAUCUAUUUUCUGCCCCGUAUUUUUAUGGUUUCACUAAUAACAGACUGCAGGUAAGUCUCAGAGAGAGAGAAAGUGAGAAUGAUUUUUUUUGUUUUUUUUAUAUUUUAUUUAUUGUAUUUAUCGUGGCUCGUUUACCACAGAUACGGAAUCUAAAGCGAGAGUUGCUCUUGGACAUUAUCGAUGCCGUUGGUAAUGACAUGAACGAAAGCCGACACUGUCAAGAUUUAUCAAACUCAUGACCCUUGACCUCCUUGUCUCUUCUGACGUUUCCUCUCAUAAAAUGACCGAUUCCUUUGGCAUUACAAUUUGGUACCUGAAUCCAAAAGAAACCUCAUGCUCUCUGCUUUAAACUACAAUCACAGCUGGACUGAUUUAGUUUGUAAAGACACCAGUGCAACACUGGUAUCACUGCUUUUUGAAAAAAAGGCAAAGUUGUGAUACUCUAGAAUUAUAUAUAUAUUAAUUUAUAUAUAUAUUAAUUAUUAGAGAAAGAAGCAGUACGAACACACAAAGGUAAUCUUUAUAUCCAACACAGUAUUUGGUGUUCUAACAACACAUCCAUGUUUAAGUCGAAUACAAAGAUUACAUUUUGGUAUUAAUGACUCUUCCAUCAUUAGUAAUUAAUUUUUUAAUAAGCCUGUUGGCUAUUUACAACAUCAGUGCCUGAAAAGAUUCUGAAAUUCUAUAUAUCAUAGCAGCAAGAUUUGACUGGCAAGCGGUGACCAGGCACCUCCCACUGAUGAUGUCAAGUAGACUGAAAGAACAUGAUACGGGGCUUCCAGCACUCAUAACAGAUGGUUCUCGUCUGCUACAAUCCAUGUGUGUGUGUGUGCUUUUAUGCACCAAGCACCCAUUCGAGAGGAUCUUUCAACGCUAAUAACACACUGCUUGGUGUUGUAACAAGACCUCCACAUUAAGUUGGAUAUACACACACAUAUAUAUAUAUAUAUAUAUAUGUGUGUAGAUAUAAAAAU